UUCAUCUCUCUCCCUCUCUCCUUCUGUGAACAAAAUAUGCCUGUUGUGAAGGUGAUGCCUGAUCAUAAAGCUCAAGGAAUUCAUAGUUUAGGAUGUGAAAAUGGUGCUUCUUCAUACAAGAGGCUUGAAGGGAAGGUGGCCAUAGUAACAGGAGGUGCAGGAGGGAUAGGAGAAGCAAUAGUAAGGCUAUUUGCAAGACAUGGGGCAAAGGUUGUGGUGGCUGACAUCGAUGACACUGCCGGAGAAUUACUCGCCGGAGCACUCUUCCCUUCAGUAACCUUCAUGCAUUGCAACGUAAGCAUUGAACCCGAUGUCGAACAACUGAUCGAAAGAACAGUCUCAAAGUUUGGCCGUCUAGACAUUCUGUGCAACAAUGCCGGUGUGCUCGGGGGGCAAUCAAAACGCCAGAAAACAAUCCUUGAGCUCAACGUUGAUGAGCUUGAUCAUGUCAUGCAAGUUAACGUACGUGGAGCAGCACUAGGAAUGAAACAUGCAAGUAGAGUCAUGGUGCAAAGAAGAUCAGGUUGUAUUAUAUCUACAACGAGUGUGGCAGGAGUUUGUGGAGGGCUUGGUCCUCAUGCAUACACUGCUUCAAAGCAUGCACUUGUUGGACUAACAAAGAAUGUGGCUUGCGAGCUUGGAAAGCAUGGAAUUAGGGUUAAUUGUAUAUCACCAUUUGGGGUGGCAACAAGCAUGUUGGUUAAUGCAUGGAGAGAUCAUGGAGAUGAUGAUGAAGAAGAUGAGGAUGAGUGGAUGGGAAUGAUGAAGAAGGUGAUGCCAAGUGAUGAGGAAGUGGAGAAGAUGGAGGAGUUUGUGAGAAGGUUGGCCAAUCUCAAAGGGACAACACUCACAGCUAAGGACAUUGCAGAGGCUGCGCUUUAUCUUGCUAGUGAUGAGUCUAAGUAUGUUAGUGGGCAUAACCUUAUUGUUGAUGGUGGUAUUACUACCUCAAGAAAUCUCAUUGGGUUGUAA